GCGAUGGACGUCAUAACCUAAAGUUGGUUGCAGCAAGUGCUAGAUCAAACUAAAACUUAUAGGUUGUGUUAUAUAUAGUGUAAAGUUUUACUGGUUCUUCAGGGAUUUCUAAGCAUUCUCUCUAUAGUCUGAAGUUAGUUGGUCAGCGAAUUGUUUUUAAUUUUUUAGCUAGCUAGCAAACGUCAAACUUUUGGCCGUGCAGCGAGCAAUACAAACUUGUUUGUGCUGCUGUUUUCAAAAACAAACAUGAAAACGGUUUAAAUACUUCGUAAUUAUAUUUAAGUGGAUACUUUUUCAUGUAAACUUUAAGGUAAUUUCUCCGUAGUGACAGCUGGUGUGAGUUUAAAACUAGUAUUAGCUAAUUUAGCUAGGCAGUCAGUAACAUUAGCGGUAUAGCUAGCCAAACUAACAUAAACAUUCAUAAUGAGAUAAAUUACGUUCAUUUUAGUCUUAUUUGGUCAGUAUUGGGAUAUUAAGUCUCAAUAACAGGAUUGCGCAGUGCUGAAUGUGUAAGACUGCAUCGUUGCUGUCAUUCAUGUGUUUAUCAUCAACUAAACUGCUGUCAGCAAAAUGUCAUUAGAAGAUUAUGAGCGGCACUACUCGUCGCUUGCCUCAUCCGGCUAUGACUCGGUGAGCAGCCCCUCCACAGCUGGACCUUUCAGUGGAGAAGAGGAAAAGUUGCACUAUGUUCCUAUCAGAGUUCUGGGUAAAGGAGCUUUUGGAGAAGCGACCCUGUACAGACGCACUGAGGAUAAUUCCUUGGUGGUUUGGAAGGAGAUUGAACUGAACUGUCUGUCUGACAAAAAGAGCAGAGAUGUAAUGAACGAAAUCAGCAUUCUCUCCAUUCUCCAACAUAGCAACAUCAUAGCAUAUUACAACCACUUCAUGGACAGGAACACACUGCUCAUCGAGCUGGAGUACUGCAAUGGUGGAAAUCUUUAUGACAAAAUUAAUCAACAGAAAGGGCAACUCUUUUCAGAAGAGGUUGUCAUCUGGUAUUUGUUCCAAAUUGCAUCAGCUGUGGCUCAUAUUCAUAAAGCUGGAGUCCUGCACAGGGAUAUAAAGACAUUAAACAUCUUCCUUACCAAGACUAACUUAAUCAAGUUGGGAGACUAUGGUUUAGCUAAGAAGCUGGACUCUGAAUAUUCAAUGGCUGAGACAUGUGUAGGAACUCCAUACUACAUGUCACCUGAGCUUUGUCAAGGGGAAAAGUACAACUUUAAAUCAGACAUUUGGGCUAUGGGCUGUGUCCUAUUUGAGCUCUUGACUCUCACCAGGACUUUUGAUGCAACGAAUCCUCUGAAUCUGUGUGUGAAGAUUGUCCAGGGAAACUGGACUAUGGAAGUAAAGUCAGAUAUUUAUUCAUCAGAACUCAUCAAAAUAGUCUAUGAGUGCUUGGCUCAGGAUCCAGAGAAAAGACCUACUGCUGACCAGAUUCUUGAUAAUCCCAUAAUCUCACUUGUUAGACCGAGGUUGGAGGAGCGUGUGGCUGCACUAAAUUCAGCCAUCAAGAAGCCACGACUGAGCACAGUAUCAGAUGCCUCGGUUGCUGUAGUGACCACUCGUUCAAGAGAGGUGUAUUUCUGGGGAGGAGGGAAGUUCACUCCUCAGAAACUGGAUAUGUUUAAAGGUGGCACCAGUGCUCAACAAGUGUGUGCAGGGGAGACCCAUUUUGCUGUGGUUACUGUGGAGAAAGAGCUUUACACCUGGGCUAGUGUGCAAGGUGGUGCUAAGAUGGUAGGCCAGCUUGGUCAUGGAGAUCAGGCCUCAUACAGACAACCUCGCAAAGUGGAACGUUUGCAGGGGAAAGCCAUAAGGCAGGUUGCUUGUGGAACAGACUUCACUGCCUGUGUAACUGAUGAGGACCAAAUGUAUAUGUUUGGCUCAGACUAUUAUGGCUGUAUAGGUGUGGAGAAUGACAUGGGUAAUGAGAUCCUUGAGCCAGUUUUGCUGGAGUUCUUUCAGGAAUGGCCAGUGCGACAGGUGUCCUGUGGAGACAAUCAUGUGGUAGUGCUGACUCAGAGUGGAGACAUUUACUCCUGGGGCUGUGGAGAGCAUGGUAGACUUGGUCUGGACUGUGAAGAUGACUUUUCCUCUCCUAUGCUAGUGGAAAUUCCAAAGGGUGCCUGUAUUGAAUCUGUGUGCUGUGGAAGCGAUGGUACAUUCUUCCUUACAGAGGCGGGCAAAGUCUUGGCCUGUGGAAACAACGAGUUUAACAAGCUAGGUCUUAAUCAAGGCAUAACUGGUAUCAAGAAUCAUCCUGGGGAGGGUUAUGAAGAGAUACCGUACACCACAACCCUGACAUUGGUAAAGCUGCUGGCCCGAUUUAAAAUCCUAAUCAUUGCACCUGGGAAGACCCAUACAGCAGCCAUAGAUGAGCGGGGCCGUAUGAUGACGUUUGGUUGUAAUAAGUUUGGCCAGCUUGGUGUGAAAGACUUCAAGAAACACCUGGGGGUUCAACUGCUGUUGGGACCUUUUGGGGGAAAAGUUGUCUCUAAAGUGUCAUGUGGAGAUGGCUUUACUAUUGCUGCCACAGAGGAUAAUCAGAUCUUUGCUUGGGGAAAUGCAGGAAAUGGUCGUUUAGGCAUGACGGCUGAUCGGGGCUUUGGCUCUGAGGUUUGCCCUGCUCUUCCUCGUCCGAUAUUUGGUUCUUUACACCAUGUGCCUGACUUGUCCUGCAGGGGUUGGCACACUAUUAUUGUCAUGGAAAAGGUGCUAAAUUCCAAAACUAUUCGUUCAAACAGUAGUGGACUGUCCAUUGGAAGUGGCAUAAUUCAAGCCUCCAGCUCCACCAUGGAUCUGGAUAUUGAGCCUGGAUCAGACUCUGAGCUGAGAGAUGGUAUUAUGGGAGGCACCGUGGAGGUUGACCUUGAGGAGAAAGGUCCUGAGACGCCAUCAAUGAUAUCAAUGGAGAGCAGAACUGGUGAGAGUUCUUGCCCUUCUUGGCUUCGCAAGGAGCUGCUGGAUGCAGAGUUCAUUCCCAUGCCUGAGGGCUCCAGAGAUUGCAUGUCUGGUCCUCUGGCUUCCUCUUUUUCAGAAAGUGCCACACUGCCAUAUGAUGAGCUUCAAGAGCUGAAGGCAGCUGCUGCUGGUCUCAUGCAAACUGCAUGUGUAGACUAUGAGAGGGUCAAUGGAUUGGAAUCUGGAGCCUGUAAGAAAAAAAGUGCCCUGCCACAUGAAGUUCAACAAACUUGCUGCCAAGCAAGUUGUGAGCUCGCCCAGCUCCAGGAAAUGGUGAAAAGGCAAGAUGCAACAAUCCAGCUGUUACAGAAACAAUACAAUGACCAGGUCAGGGAGAACGAGAGACUGUGGAAGGCCAUCAAUGACCUUAGAGUGGGAGCUGCUGUUUGUGAAAACAGCAAUCACCAAUUAGAUAUUUUACCUAAUGAUAAGGAUGGAGAAAAAGAGAAUAAUCAUACAGAAUAAUGCAGUGAUGGCCAAGAUGCAACUUAACAGAAAACUUGAGUGACUGGUUGGUGAAGGUGUAAAGGAAGCAGUAAUGCUAAUCAUUGGUCAUUUCUCGUCAGCACAGUAUGAACGGGACGACUGCAUGUCCAAAUUUUUGCUGCCUCUAGAUAAUAACCAAACAUUACAUUCCUCCUGCUUGUGCUGCAUUAUUUUACUUGUAUGUAUGCAACAUACAAUCAUAAACCUUUUGUACUUCAGGUUCUGGGCUGCUUGUCAUGCCUGCAGUUCUGAUAUAGAUUGAUAGUUAUGUGUUUAUAUGGGCUGUAGAAAUGCUACUUAAUGUUAACAUGCUGCCAACGUUCACUUCAGUAUUGAUAUCUUGUCAUUUCCUCACAGGAGCAAAUGCAUCUAUUUACAUUUCUAAGUUGUUGAUCAUGUGGUCUUGCAUAAGGUACAAAGACAUUUUUAAUAGCUGGAUGGGGUAAUUAUGUGCAAAUGUAUAUAAUCUAUCUUAUAUAUAUCUGUAUUGACAAACUUGGAGAAUGUACAAACUACUGAGUUUAGAUUUUUCUGGGUUUUUUACAAAAUUAUUUACAUAUUAUUGUAAUUGUAAUAUUUACAUAAUAUUGUAAAAUUAUGUUACAAUAUUAUUUUACAAACAAGUGGGUGCAAAUGUAAUCCCAUUCUUCAAUCAUUAAUUUGUUUUGUGGGAGUUGGUUUAUGAAUGCAUCUUUGAGCACAACUGUACAUUUUAAAUGUACAAUUAGUGAAACCUCAGAAAUUAUGUGUACAUUGUCACAUUUUUUAUUAUUAAUGUUUGUAUUGCUUUGUUUUAAUGACUUAAAAAUUUCAAGCUUUUAGCAUCUACUAGUUUAUGAACAGUUUAUGGCAUCAGUGUUAAAUAUUAAAUGUAUAACAUAUCCAGCAAAGCAGAAAGCCCUAUUAUACCUAAGUGCCUUGUUAUUUUAAUUUAGUUCAAUGAAACAAAACUGUUUUUUUCUAAUUAGCAUUUACUGUACGGGCCUUUCAGACGUUCUUGUUACAGUAAUAAAGUUGCACUGAGAAAUGCAAA